UCAGGAAGCGCUCGAUAGAAAAAGUAUCGCACUCAAAGUGAAGUGUAGGCAGGCACAGAUAAUAGAAGGGACGCGUUCCUCUGCCCAAGCGUUGCUGACGUAUGCUAAACCUUACAACGUCUGGAAAGGGGAACGCGACCCGGAGUAUCGACGUCCUUGAUAACCCGUGAACUCCGUGCCAAGAACAAUUCCUGGAUUCGGAAACUGACCAGGAAAAGUAAAAAGAAGAUUUGCAGUUAAUUUUUAUUCUGUUAUUUUGUUUUAUCGUUUCAGAGGAGACAAGUAUCACUUUGAAACGUUGGAGACUGAGGUUUAAAGUCCCGACCGAAAGAGACAGUCUUCCCUCUCCUCUGCACGCGUCGUUUGCCAUGGCUUUGACAACCUGUACCAGAUUUACCGACGAGUUUAAUCUCUACGAAGAGCUGGGAAAGGGAGCUUUCUCCAUAGUGAAAAGAUGUAUGAGGAUCUCCAGCGGACAGGAGUAUGCUGCCAAAAUCAUCAACACUAAGAAGCUAUCUGCUCGGGCUGUGGGGAGCGGGUUGGGUUGGUGCGUGGGCCGGGGCUCCCGUUGUCUGUACGACGCUGCUGAUUAUCCCUCCACAAACCUUAAUGGGCUGCUGACAGACACACACACACAGACAAAUCACCAGAAGCUGGAAAGAGAGGCCAGGAUUUGUCGUCUGCUCAAGCACCCCAAUAUCGUGAGGCUCCAUGACAGCAUAUCAGAGGAGGGAUUCCACUACCUGGUCUUUGACUUGGUGACUGGUGGGGAGCUGUUUGAGGAUAUCGUAGCCAGAGAGUACUACAGCGAAGCAGAUGCCAGCCAAUGCAUACAGCAGAUUCUAGAAAGUGUAAAUCAUUGUCACCAAAGUGGUAUAGUUCACAGGGACAUGAAGCCUGAGAAUCUGCUCCUGGCCAGUAAGCUGAAGGGAGCUGCGGUGAAGUUGGCAGACUUUGGCCUGGCCAUCGAGGUGCAGGGAGACCAGCAGGCUUGGUUCGGUUUUGCGGGAACCCCAGGCUACUUGUCCCCAGAGGUUCUGAGGAAAGACCCCUAUGGGAAACCUGUGGACAUGUGGGCCUGUGGUGUGAUCCUCUACAUUCUCCUGGUGGGCUACCCUCCCUUCUGGGACGAAGACCAGCACAGACUGUACCAGCAGAUCAAGGCUGGGGCCUACGACUUUCCGUCCCCUGAGUGGGACACGGUGACCCCCGAGGCCAAAGACCUGAUCAACAAGAUGUUGACCAUCAACCCUGCCAAGAGGGUCACCGCCACAGACGCACUCAAACACCCCUGGAUCUGCCAACGGUCCACCGUGGCGUCCAUGAUGCACAGACAGGAGACGGUGGAGUGCCUGAGGAAGUUCAACGCCCGGAGGAAACUCAAGGGUGCUAUCCUCACCACCAUGCUGGCCACACGCAACUUCUCAGCAGCCAAGAGCCUGCUCAACAAGAAAGCUGACGGCGUCAAGAUCAACAACAAGACCAAUGUAGUCACCAGCCCCAAAGAGCCCCCCACACUGGAGCCUCAAACCACUGUUCUCCACAACCCAACUGAUGGAAACAAGGAGUCCAGCGAGAGCGCUAACACCACCAUGGAAGAUGAGGACGUGAAAGCUCGUAAGCAGGAGAUCAUCAAAGUGACUGAGCAGCUGAUUGAGGCCAUCAACAAUGGAGACUUUGAAGCCUACACGAAGAUCUGUGAUCCCGGCCUGACAUCCUUUGAACCAGAGGCCUUGGGAAACCUAGUGGAGGGAACUGACUUCCACAAGUUCUACUUUGAGAACGCUCUGUCCAGGAGCAAGCAAGGGCCCGUCCACACCAUCCUGCUCAACCCCCACGUGCACCUGAUCGGCGAGGAUGCGGCGUGCAUCGCCUACAUCCGCCUCACCCAGUACAUGGACGCCAGCGGCAUGCCGCGCACCAUGCAGUCAGAGGAGACGCGCAUCUGGCAGCGCCGUGAUGCCAAGUGGCAGAACAUCCACUUCCACCGCUCCGGCUCACCCACUGUGCCCGCCAAGUAAGUUGAGAUGACGCCCUAUCCUGCAGCUGUUGCUGAUCUAUGGACCCCGCCUACCAAGUGUCUGUCACAUCCUCAUCCAAUCUCGGCCCAACUCUGCCAUCUCAGAGUGUUGUUUACAUAUCGUCGAUGCUGAACUGAAGAUUCUUCUUGCAAAAGAUGAAAAGGAAAUACACAACAAUCUUGACGAUAUAAUUUUGUAUUUUAUCAUUUGAGUGAAAAUGUUGUUUUAUCACCUCUCAUCGCAGGACAUUUAUAACUAAACAUUUUUUGUUUUUUAUUCUGAAACAAUGAUUUCCUCUUUUUGAACAUGUUUAUGUUUGAAUGCCAUGGGAAAAUGUUCAAUGUUCAAUAUUAUCAUUGUCAGGAACAUGCGGUGAACCAACACCAAACUCAUUAAGGUAUUCAUCUCAUCUGAAUAUUACACAUCAAUCCCAAUAACUGAACUGAUAUAGGUUUAGCCUUAAACCAACAUUGCAGUCUGUCAAUCCUUCUUUAAAUGUCAGUCUUUGUGCAGAAAAAUCUAAGAACAUAAGUGAACGACAAACAUGAGCUUGCUUUUAUUUUGGUGAUGUAUAGACUUGUGAUUGAUGUGAAUCGCUAUAUCUUUGCUUAAACUCUGGAAUAUUAAACUGUUUAAUUAUGAGCUUAGUUUGCAAUCUUUUAACAAUUCAAGUUGUUCUCAACUGGCUCAAUAUUAAGUAUGAUUACUGGGAAUUCUUUUGACAGUUUAUGUUAAGGGGAAAAUGGUAUCCUAUGUUUUAUAAUAUGCGUUUAUCUACAUCAUCGCAAUGUGACCGAAUUCUCAAUGAUUGAUCUAUAGUUUACAUUCUUUCUUUCACUUGUAUUACUCAAAGCCAUUUUAUGACAUAUGGAACACUGUUUAAAAGUCUAUUCAUGGAGGAGGAUGAUGAUAAUUAUGUGAAUUUGAUUGGUUCUAUAUUUUUUGGGGAACUAUUGACCCUUUUCAUGUAUAGCGAAUGAUUCUGUUUCUUUAGUGUAGCAUCUCCUCUCUCCCGUGUCCAUGCAUGCAAGAACCUAUGGAAGACAAAUAGCCUUUUACCACUGACACCUGGGUGUUAGUUACUCUACUUGACAAGUUGCAACACACAGUGUUUUAUACUGAGAAGGGAGACGGUCAUAUGGGAUCACAUUGUUCUGGUUAGUUUUUCAUAAAUGGGUGUUUAGGUUGGUUUUGCUGAUGGAAAUGUAAGGGAGUUAGAGAUGCAGUAAAAUUGAAUCAGGGUCAACCUAGAAUUUUGGGAUUAAAGGCACUCUGUAGGUUUGCCAUUAGGAUGUCCACUGUGGUGUUAAGAACCAUUACUUCCCCCAUUUAUUCCUACAGGAAUGAUAAGACAUUUUUUUUUUAAAGUUACGUUGAACUGUACUAUGGGACAAAGUGUAUAUUGUUGUCAUGAUGAGAAAGGACUGAUAGAUGUUUAAGAAAUAUCAAAUAAAAUGUGAUUUCUGCCAAAUCUCUUAUUUCCAUGUCACUUUGCCCAUAGCUUAAAGUUUGUGAGGUGAUCACUGUAAUAAACAAAUAAAAAUACAUUUUUAAAAAGUUUA